CCCUUCGCUGCACCGCAGAUGGUUCCUCGCAGAGUGCGUUUCUUACGAUGUACUUACUGACUUUUAAUUCACAGCAUCAAAUUCAAAACAAGUACAAGAGCUUCCAUUCACGAAGUCUAAAUGUCCAGAAAUUGUAUGGCUUCAUCCAGGAGCGAGCGGGUCGACGAGUUUGAAUCUUGCCGAUGUUUACAUGUCGUGUGAGGAUUAUAAACACAUCAUGCGGCACGACACGGCUGUCUAUGUGUUGUCUCCACCAAGAUUUCAGUACUCUGCGCAAGGCAGAAAUUACUUGCACAACCAUGAUGCUCUCGUCUCGUCGCUUGUGCUUCGCUUUUCGUAGGGGCGGCCCAUCCGCCGUCAACUACAGUGGCCGUUUCCGACCGCCGACCGCUGGGUCACGAUUACCAAUAACAUGCUCUUUUCCUUUCGGACACCCUGCGGGAGUUGCACCUAGACUCGCUGGAGUGGCCGCGGUUCGUCAAAAAGCGGUUGCGCUCUGGUCGGUGAGCAGGACAAGAGAUUUAUCGACAUGUGCCCGGGGGCGGCAAGCGCAAGAAGAAUCCAGCCACGACUCCAGGAAGCGCGCACUCAAAAAUCUCGUUGGGCGAGAAACUCCUGCUGCUACUUCUAUCCGAGAUUUUAUUGCAGCGAGAUCAAGAUCGUUUUCGUCUGCGGCAUCCGACGGCCGCCCGGAAGAAAGAUGUGGGAAAAGCGACAUUUCUGUGACGCAGAAAGCCGGUAACGCGCAAAGUCGCAGUGGAGAUGGACUACAUCAGGGACUGCAGGAGCAGGGUAUAAAAAGUGGCGGCGAGACGAGGGAAAGCGAAAAGUCCAGCGAAGACGAGAAACCAAGGACGCUCCGUGGCAUGUUCAAAGAAUACGGGAUGCCGUUUGUCAUUGUGUACUUCUUAUUUCUUGAAAGUGUUUUUUAAGUGAUUCUCGGACGAAACGUCGGGAUGCUUGCGUUGACGACUCGCUGUGUUAAAUCUGAUUGACUUCGGCAUGAAACUGGAAGCUGCUAGCUGCAAGACACAGAGCACAAUCAAACCCAAACAGCUCUCAAUUAUUAGACCCACAAAUAUUAUAAAGGUACAACGGUCUGUAUCUCGGUUCCCUGGCCUCGAUUUACGCCGCCUUGUCCGCAAACGUGAUAGAGUGGGAACAGAUUCUGCAGCUGUGGGAAAGCGUGGUGCCACAAUUUGUGAAGGCGAACUUGAUUAAUCUCCAAGAAGUGGACCCGAAUAAGGGCAAGCUCGGCGUCGCAGUGUGCUUGAACCCAAUCCUGGAACCCUUCCGCAUUGUGUUAGCCAUCGCGGUCGCGAAACCGCUGUCGCGAGCCUGGAAAAGCUGGAGGGCGAAGGGACCCAGAUGAUAAAAAACAUUCAAAGGAAUAAAGUAUACGAGAAGUAGCAGGUCGCCGCUCCGAGCUUCAUUGAUUCAUUUCUCGUGCGGCGAUGAAGGUUUCGGGGGAUAAUGGAUUCUUGAGCGAUUCCAGCACAUCGCGAGCAUUUAAGUGCUCAGUCCGGCGUGCGUGGAUCGAUUGUAUGAUCAACGUGUCUGCUGAAUGGACCACGUAACAAUACCGCGCAGCUUCGGUUUGUAUUGACUCUUGGGUAGUAGAUGACGAGUCGCGAGCAGCGAUGAAACACUCCGUUCUGUACGAUGUAGGACUGAAAAAUGAACUCUAGUCUGUUAUACUUUCACCUCCGAUCGACACGAUAAUUCCUGCGCAAGUACUAGGACAGGCAAGAGCGAUAGGCGCCGUUCGAUGCAGUGUCUGUCAUGGACAAACGUCGUGUGACCCUGAAUGAAGCGACUGGGAUCGAGUGCUUUACGAUUGGAAAAAAAUGCUUUGUUUGAAAUAGCAUUUUUAGGAUUUUCGCUCUCUUUGGAGUGUCCUCCCGCUGGCCCCCCU